GUGUCCGUAUGGGUCAACCCACACCAGUAGUAAUCAUCGGCGACCCGGAUGUCGCUAAACAGGCAUUUUCUCGGCCAGAAUUCAUGGCACGACUGGACAUAUCAUUGUCGAGUAACAAUAUUGACCACCAGGAUGUUUUAUUUUGCUCACACCUGUUCAGUUGGGACUGUUUGCACAAAGUCGCUCACACGGCAGUCAGUGUCCGUAUGGGUCAACCCACACCAGUAGUAAUCAUCGGCGACCCGGAUGUCGCUAAACAGGCAUUUUCUCGGCCAGAAUUCAUGGCACGACUGGACAUAUCAUUGUCGAGUAACAAUAUUGACCACCAGGAUGUUUUAUUUUGCUCACACCUGUUCAGUUGGGACUGUUUGCACAAAGUCGCUCACACGGCAGUCAGGUAUGCUGUUACUAUU